AACUCUUUAAAUACCCCAAGUCAUCUGCCACAAUAAAACAUUCCACUGUCAGCCAGGGCUGUACUGAAGUAGUCACUGGCACCCAGAGGCCCUGACAGAUACACGCACCAUUUUUACUUUUAAAUACGCUACUUCAGUUAUCGGCCACGAUCGGGAACCUGCCUGAGUAAUAACGCAUUUGACCCGGAGUCUGUGCAGGGUAAAGUCGGGGGAGACGGACAGGAAAAAACAAAGAUGGCUGUGUAGCCAGAGAGACGAGUCCCAGCAGAACCGUCUCUAGCCGCGACUUUAAUCACCGACAGCUCCCGUGGGUCCCGUGGACGGUCGGUCGGUACCGGAGCAGGGACGUUAGACGAGCAGCCGAGCCGGGCCGCUGGUGGGCAUCGUUGUAAUCUGCUGUCGGCGCGAAUAACGGCGUCGAGAGCACAACAACAGCUGAGAGACGAGUUGUUUUUGUUCUGCAGAGCGAGAGGACCGCUGUGUUUGUGUCAACGCAGCUAGCCGCGUAGUCCGCUAGCUAACUCCUGCUCGCGACAGGUACAUUUUAGACAUUUCUAGAUAGUCAUCGCCAUGUCUUCGCUGGAAGAGAGAGACGUGGGCGUCGUGGCCGCCCCUGGCUCCUCCUCGGCCGGCAUGGGGGUCGGGGCCGUGGGGGCAGCGGCGGAGGCUGUCGCCGGGGUCGCGGCCAUGCAGGAGGAGGUCGGGAUACGGCGAGAAGGGCCCGAGCCUCACCCGGACGAGCCACCCAAGAAGAGGGUGAGGGUGCCCGAUGGAGAGUCAGGAAAGCUGGAGGAUAGACUGUACUCAGUGCUGUGCUGCACCGUGUGCCUAGACUUACCCAAGGCGUCUGUGUACCAGUGUACAAAUGGACACCUGAUGUGUACAGGCUGUUUUAUCCACCUCCUGGCGGAUUCUCGCCUCAAGGAGGAACAGGCCACGUGUCCUAACUGCAGGUGUGAGAUCAGCAAGAACCUCUGCUGCAGGAACCUCGCAGUGGAGAAGGCUGUCAGUGAGCUGCCGACAGAAUGUACCUUCUGCCAAAAGCAGUUCCCCCGGUCCAGCUUAGAGAGACACCAGAAAGAGGAGUGCCAAGACAGGGUGACACAGUGUAAGUACAAGAGAAUUGGCUGCCCUUGGCAAGGGCCCUUCCACGAGCUGCCAGCACAUGAGGAUGAGUGCUCCCAUCCCACUAAGACUGGUACAGAGCUGAUGGGAAUACUGGGAGAGAUGGACCAGAACCACCGCAGAGACAUGCAGCUCUAUAACACCAUCUUCAGUCUGCUCUGCUACGAAAAGAUUGGGUUUACAGAGGUGCAGUUCAGGCCGUACCGCACGGAUGACUUCAUCACUCGUCUGUACUAUGAAACCCCGCGCUUCACCGUUCUCAACCAGACGUGGGUGCUGAAGGCCCGCGUCAACGACUCUGAGCGCAACCCCAACCUGUCCUGCAAGCGCACACUCUCCUUCCAGCUCAUCCUCAAAAGCAAGGUGAACUCUGCCCUGGAGUGCUCCUUCCUGCUGCUGAAGGGGCCGUACGAUGACGUGCGGAUCAAGCCAGUCAUCCACCACCACUCCUUCUGCAACGACGCCAACGAGACCGACUACGUCCCUCUGCCCAUCUCCGAUUCGGUGGAGUGUAACAAACUGCUGGCCGCCAAAAACAUCAACCUGCGCCUGUUCAUCUUCCAAGUCCAAAAAUAAAGAGUGAGGGACAAGAAGGAGGAGGAGUAUGGAUGGUGGAGGAGGAGGAGGAAGAAGAUGGAAUGGACAAGGAAGAAGAAGGUUGACUGCGGGUGAGGGGCUGAGAGAGUGGAUUGAUUAAGAUUACAGAGAAACACCACUGAACCACUGAUACCUCUUAAUACCCACACACGCACACACACACAUACAAUCACACACACAUUCACGCAGGGUACACACGCCUAAAGACACACACACACACCACUAAUUACACGUACCUCCUUUUACAAGAUAGUGAGACCCCUUGCUCGGGGAGCUGUGAGUUGCUAUGGAAAUGGGUGGGUAUUGUUAUGAGAUGGAGGUGUGGGGUGAGGGAUGUGGUUCUGGGCUGGUUGGUGUGUACCUGUGGAAGCCAGGUUGUGUCUGACCUUUCCCCCCUGACACCGGCAGCCAAAGGUAGCACCAAACUAAGCAGGACGUUCUGGGUGCAUAUGUUGCGUGUGUGUGCAUGUGCGUGUUUGUGUGCGUGUGUGUGUGUGUGACAGAGCGAGA